GUCUGUUCUGGUGUUGCAUUUCGGUGUAGUCUUGGGGUGUAGCAGUCAGAUGGGGAAUCGGUGUACCUGACUGAAUAAUGGGGUGGUGGUGAACUCAGCUAUGCAUCCUUACAUAACCGAUAUCGGCCGAUUAGUUCCAUUUCCGGCUAACAUGGGGAAUAAACAGAUACACGCGACUCACCUUCACGAUUAAGGAUUAAUGCAUCUACUACAACGGGGCAUAAUGGCCCGCAACCCUUCGCGUCUGCUGUAUGCAUCUCGUAGUCUGCAAUUGACUACUAGUAGACGGCAAUUCGGCACCAGUGUCUCCUCCAUCUUACCCCUCCUCUCCCCGCCCCGAUACACGCCGCUCCGAUCAUCAUUAAUAUCAUCAACACCACCAUCUUCUUCCCCUCUCGCACAUCACCUUCCCACUACAGCUACUCCCAUCCGAGGUAUCACCACCAACACUACCCCCGAAAUGGCCACAACCACCACCACUCUCGACCCCCAAUACGCCCAACUCUUCCAAACCCUGGAAUCCCAAUUCCAGACCACCACCCUCCCCCACGACAAAUGGUACAUUCUCGCCAUCUCCACCCUCGUCGCAAAUCCAGACCCCGAACGCGCCGACCAACUCUACCUCUACCUAAUCUCCAAACCCGAAUACUCGACCCCAUCAUCCCGCCAACACCUCAUCCGGCGCAUCCGCGAAGCCCUCAUCAAAGCCGUGAUCAUAGUCGGGGUGUGCAAACCCAUCGAAGCCAUCCUCGCCAUCAGCAAGCUCGAAGCGCCCGAAGACAAAGACUAUACAUUCACCCGGGAGGCCUGGCAAUGCGACGAGGCGAAUCACGAGCGCGGCGUGGCGUGGUUGGAGAAGCUGUAUGCGCGAAAUACAUCGGGCACGUUGGAUUUGUUUGCGGCGCAUAAGGAUUUCGCCUGGUUGUCAAAGGAGAUUACCUACGGGUUGUUUUUGAGUGAUCGCGGGGUGUUGGAUGAUUUGGAUACGCAGUUGGUGGUGUUGCCGGCGAUUAUGAGUCAGAAUUUGAGGAUUGAGACUCAUUGGCAUAUUAGGGGUACGAGACGCUUGGGGGUCAGUUUGGAGGAUGUGAGGGUUUUGUGUGAGGGCGUUAAGCAUGUUGCGGGGUUUUAUGGGAGGGUGUUGGAUAAGGUGCCUGGUGUGGAGGAGGUGGAAGGGGAUGUUUGAGGCGGGGGGGUAAGGGUUGGUUGUAUAUAGUUUAUGGGUUGGGAUAGACUUAAGAGAACUUGGUUAUAUAUUACCAUUAAGGUGGAUGGAGUAUAGUGGCCGGGAUCGGAAGAGAAGUCAUACUACACAUACAAAAAGGGAAUGAAGUGC